CCCUUCCCCCCAUUUGCUUCUCACACCCACCCGCACUCUCACCAAGAUUUUUCUCUUUUCCUCUCUUCAGCUUCUUUCCUUGAACCUUCCCAAGUUCAUGUAAUACUACUCACUUCUCUCUUUUUCUUAUUGUUGUUUGCGUUUCACUUCUAGUCUCCUGAACUAGUCUUUGAAAACCUUGCACUUAUAUUUGUGCAGGAAAAUGGCUUCUUUGGGGCUUCUAUUGGUGGGUUUUUUCUCAUUGCUGUCAUAUGCUUAUGGGUAUGGAGGAGGUUGGAUUAAUGCUCAUGCCACCUUCUAUGGAGGGGGUGAUGCUUCUGGGACAAUGGGUGGGGCUUGUGGCUAUGGAAACCUGUACAGCCAGGGGUAUGGGACUAACACUGCAGCUUUGAGCACUGCCCUCUUCAACAAUGGCUUGAGCUGUGGAGCUUGUUUUGAGAUCAGAUGUGUGAAUGACGGAAAAUGGUGCCUCCCUGGCUCCAUUGUUGUCACAGCCACUAAUUUCUGCCCACCAAACAAUGCCCUCCCAAGCAACAAUGGGGGUUGGUGUAACCCUCCCCUGCACCAUUUUGAUCUCGCUCAGCCUGUCUUUCAACGCAUUGCACAAUACAGAUCUGGGAUUGUACCUGUAGCGUACAGAAGGGGUCCAUGCAGGAAGAGGGGAGGCAUCAGGUUCACCAUCAAUAGCCACUCCUACUUCAACCUGGUCCUCAUCACCAAUGUUGGAGGUGCUGGUGAUGUCCAUUCUGUUACCAUCAAAGGAUCAAGGACUGGGUGGCAACCAAUGUCAAGAAACUGGGGCCAGAAUUGGCAGAGCAACAGCUUACUGAAAGGACAGAGCCUUUCUUUCAAGGUCACCACCAGUGAUGGGAGAAGUUUGGUUUCUUAUAAUGUUGCCCUGCUAGCUGGUCCUUUGGCCAGACCUUUAGUGGGGCACAGUUCCGCUAGAGAACUGUGGUAGGGAUGGGAUAUAUGUUAUGCUAGCUAGCGUUGCUAGGUUUAGAAUUAUCUUUUAGUAGUCUAAAGACUGUUAGAAUAGUAUAUAACCAUGUGUAAGAGGUCAGUGUUGGGUCAACAUGAGAGGGCUUAUUUUAAAAGGGCUUUUUCCAUUUGAACCUAUAUAUUGUGGGGUUUCUGUUUCUAUUCAUAGGGCCCCUUAGUUUUUUUAGUCCCAAUGUAACUGUUGAGGGAGGGGUGUGUGUGAGAGGAGAUGGCUCAGUAGGCUGAGGUGCUACAUUACCACCCACCACUAAGUAUGCAUAAUUUUACUCUUUUUUUGGGGGAAUUUUUGGGUAGUAGUUCUUUGGGAAAGAGGGGUUGGUUGGGGUGAUUGUGAUCAGUUUUUACUGAAUUUAUCUUGUGGCUGUGGUUAAGCUUUAUUAUGAGAAGAUUGUAAAUGUAGAUCUCCAAUUCCAAGAGUAAUGAAAUUGAGAAUUAAAAUCUCUUGGUCAUCA